CAAUGUUUACCUCCUACACUAUAAAAACCAGCUGGUUUCCCACCCCUGGUUUCAAACUCCUCCAAAACACACUCCCUUCAUCUUCAACCUCUUCAUUGCCAAUUCAACCAACAAGCUUGAUUACAGGGAUCGACAAUGGCUCUUUCGAAGAAGCCGUAUGCAUACACAAGGAUGGAUUUCGAGGACCCGGAAGAGAAGAAGCACCGGAAAGCGCAGUUCCUGAUCUACAAAGUGCUGGAGCGAGCCGAUGCUCGGAGGAGGCCCUCGCUCCUGAGAGUGAAGUUGUGCAGGUUGAAGGUGAAGAUCGGGCGGCAGUUGAAGAAGUCGAGGAAGAGGAUGGGGCUGAUGAUUUCGAAAGCGAGACUCGCCAUUUAUAAGCAGCUCAUGAGUCAAUUGAGGAGCUUGGAAGCUCUCGUCUGGCCUUGUAAAGACCAAGUUAUUGAUCAGCCUCCACCCUUUAAAACUCUUUCUUGCAAAACUACCACGUAGUAGUAUCCUUUCGUUUUGGUGUCUCAUAUUGUGUAGAAUCUUGGGGUGGUGUUUGCUCAAUUUACCUUUCUUUGCAGAAGGAAAAAAGGAAGGGGAUUGUAUAUUACAUAUAAAUCAUACCAACAAGGAUGUUUCGUUUCUUGUUUGAACUUUUUGAGAUCAUGAGCUCAUCAAACUCAAUUCAAAUCUUGAUUUUCUGCUUAA